UUCCAAGCCCAAUCAGAUGGGAUUACAGAUCUUUUAUGCUAGGGAUCACUCUUGUCAUGUCUGUAAGAAUUAGAUGAGGCACAAACCAGCAGAAAAAAAUAGAAAAGGAAAGAGAAAAACUAGAGAGAACUUGGGGGAGAGGAGAGACGAAGAAGGUGCGAGGAAGACCAAGCCCAAACAGGAAUGAAGUAUCCUCCUGCUCCUCAGAGUAAAUCUCUGUUAGACAUGGAAGUAGCCAACUACUGCGAAGGCCUAGAUCCCUCAUACAGCACGCUGGGCUUUGAGAAUGCAGAAGUGCUCUAUGGAGGAGGAGACAACAUGCCGACAGAGCCGAACCUGCCUGGUCCAGACGGAGUCGGCACUAACUGUGCCAUCUGCGGAGACAAAGCCACAGGGAAACACUACGGAGCCUCCAGCUGUGACGGCUGCAAAGGCUUCUUCAGACGCUCCAUACGCAAGAGCCACGUCUACACCUGCAGGUUCAGCAGGCAGUGCAUUGUGGAUAAAGAUAAGAGGAACCAGUGUCGUUUCUGCAGACUCAACAAAUGCUUCAGGGCUGGCAUGAAGAAAGAAGCCGUACAGAACGAGAGAGAUCGGAUCAGCUCCCGCAGAAGUAUCCCCGACUCCCAAGACUUGCCACCUAUCACCAUUUUGGCCCAAGCAGAGUCACUGUCCCAACAGAUCACGGCUCCAGUUGGACAUAUCGCAGACAUGUCUGAGCAGAAGUCAGCCUCUGUCGGCGAUGUCUGUGAUUCUAUGAGACAGCAGUUAUUGGUGUUGGUGGAAUGGGCCAAAUAUAUUCCUGCCUUUGGAGAACUGCCACUAGACGACCAGGUGAGCUUGCUCAGGGCACACGCAGGUGAACACCUCUUGCUCGGGGUCGCCAAAAGGUCAAUGCCAUUCAAGGACUUCCUUCUUUUAGGUAACGGCUGUGUGAUCCACAGGAACAGUCCCGAAGCGGAGAUCUGCCGGGUGGCCAACCGAGUGCUGGACGAGCUGGUCCAGCCCUUCCAGGAUAUUCAGAUAGACGACAACGAGUAUGCGGCGCUCAAGGCCAUUGUCUUCUUUGACCCAGAUGCAAAGUCUUUACGGGACCCGUCGAAGAUCAAGGCCAUGCGUCUGCAGGUCCAGAUGAGUCUGGAGGACUACAUCAACGACCGCCAGUAUGACUCCAGGGGUCGUUUCGGAGAGCUGUUACUGCUGCUGCCCACCCUGCAGAGCAUCACCUGGCAGAUGAUCGAACAGCUCCAGUUCAUCAAGCUCUGCGGCCUGGCCAAGAUAGACAACCUGCUGCACGAAAUGCUGCUGGGAGGCCUUACAUCAGAGCCAACGCACCUGCACCACCCAGCACACACCCAGCUGGCCCAGGACCCUUUGACCGGACACACACUGGUCAUCAGCACCAUGCCCGUUGCUCACACUCCACUGAUAGCCUCUCCAGACACUCCCAUCCCAUCUCCCCCUCAGGGUGCUGCCCCCGAGAAGUACAAACACUUCCCCCAGCCUCUUUGUCCUCCAGCCAGCCCCUCGCCGUCCUCACAGACUGAUCCCUGACUUCUCUCUGCACUAUGUCAAAGAAGCUGACACUGGAUCAGUUUCCUUGUCUCAUAUUCAUCGUCCAAGUUAUGGUAUUAGCCAUCCCUGUUCCGUGUCUGCGGUUAGACUGCUGCCCCCCCCCCCCCCCCCCCCCCCCAAUAACUGCAAUAACUGGGAGCUCAUCAAAGCUGCUGUGUGCAGCACUUUCAAACUUCAGUAUGUCACUUUCAAAUUGAACUAACGAAAUGCCAAAAUAAGGGUUUAACAAAACAUGCUGUGCAUUUUUGUGGUCACCUAACACUAAAAUACCAUUUUUUCAGCUUAGGUUUUACAACAAUUUCAUGCCAAGAAGGCACAAGCUCUUAAACAUAACGGCGAUACAGUCUUAUUCAACAUCUUUUGUUUUUUAAACAUGCCAUGUAAACCUUUGCUUUGUUCAAACUGCAGAUUUCUUUGGACUAAUGUUGUGCUUGAUUGGGCAUCAUAAAGUGAAGAAAAUGGUCUCAGUCCUUCUCAUACUUUAUGUGCAAGUCUGUCACUAAGGAACAUCAAAUGUUGAUUUGUGAUUAUGUGCAAAUGUAUGAAAUAUGAUAAAUAUCAGCGACGAUGGAAACAGAGAGACUCUGAAAUUAGAUUGCCUGUUUUGUAUGCAUCAAUAGGACCUAAUGUGCCUGUAAACUGGUCUAAGAUCAGUAAUUGUUUUCUAAAGAACUUCAGAAACGUUGCUGAUUUUCAGGAUUUCGAUUCUUUUUUGAACACAAUAUGGAGUGUACAAAGGAAGUGACUAUGAAUGUGUGAAAGAAGAUGGUUUGUAUUGAAUACAAGGCCUUAAAUACAUUUGACUCACAGCAUGGCACCUGAAUGUUUUUAAUAGUAGUCAGCAGCUAAAACAUAAUUUAAUGAGGAACAAUAGUCUGUGUCCACGAUCAACAUCAAAAUAAAAAUAAUAUCAUUCAUAAAUAGAUUGUGAAGACAUCAUGUUGAAUGUGAAAAGAAAUGUGGAAGAAGUCUGAUAUUUUAAUAAGUUACUGUAAAUAGACAAACAGCAAAUAUCUGGAUAAUUAAUCUUAAAUGACUUGCUUUAUUCAAUUUAUCUUUUGAAUCGCCUGUGUAUUUUUAUGUUGGUUUCUACAAUUCUGUUUUGAUUAAAAUGAAAUUGUGAAUAUUU